CGCCUUCGUACCUUUCGACUUUCUCCUAACGACUUUUCUUGUUUGUCAUUCACAAUGAAGUUCACGACCGCCCUUGCUACUCUUGCGUUCGCCGCUGCCUCUUCGCUCGUCAACGCUGCGCCCGCCAAUGAGGCGCGCGACGUUUGGGACCCGAAGGUACUGUUCCCUACCACGGGCUCGGUCCUCCAGUCUGGCCAGGCCUACACUGUCACUUGGGAUCUGAGCCAAAAGCCCGCCGAAAUCACGAACCCAAUCGGCACAAUCACACUCAACUUCGGUAACUUUGGAAGUCCAUUGAUUUUGGCCCGCGGUUUCGAGCUUACUGACGGACAAGCUGAGAUCACGAUUCCGGAAGUUUACACGGAAAGCGACUAUAGCAUUACCUUAUGGGGAGACUCGGGCAACUGGAGUGGACAGUUCGAGAUCCAAGGUGUCAACUAGCUUGGUUAGCGAGUGCUUAGUAAGUACGAAAGCCUGACUAAGCGUAGAAGGACGAUACAACGCCAUGUAAUGAGCUUACGAUACGGACUUGAUGCGGACAUUUCGUGUUGUUUACUAGCGUAUUAGCAGACUGUACAACGCCAUUAUGUAUAAGCGCACUUUUAAAGCGUUUC